AUGACGAACUACAACGUCCUCAAGACCCCGGAAGGCGAUUCGGGCAGCCCUCGAAGCCAGUCUCUGGUCAAGCAGGGCUCGCCUUCCACGGCCGUCCACGUCGUCCGCUUCUUCAUCGUGCUGGCCAUCGUCGUCUUCAUCUUCGGCAACAUCGCGACCUGGGCGCCCAUGUACGAGCUCAACCUGCAGAACACCAUGAUGGAGUGGUGGAACGGCUACCCGGACAUGCCCGCCAUGAGCAGCCACGGCCACAUGGGCUACAUCCUCGACACGGGCAUCGGCCGCAACAUCACCGAGACCGGCCACACCGAGAUGAUCCGCCCCACGUUCCUCUUCAUCUUCUGCAUCGUCCCCUUCAUCGUCAGCGUGCUGCUCAUUGAGUACUUGCGCCACAUCAACACCGCUCGCCGCUUGACGUCGACGCUCAUCUGGCGCUUCGCGAUGCUCAUGCGUCGCAAGCCCAAGUUCCCCGUUCUGGGCGUGUCCCGCUUCACCGUGGGCGAGUGGGUCGUUGGGGUCGUCUACGUGCUCGGCGGCAACGCCCUGUGCUGGUGGUAUGAGUGGGACCGCCGCGUGGACGCCGCCACCGACGCCGGCACGCUCAACACGUCCAAGUACUGGAACAUCAUCGGUAUCAGUUCGGCGUACCUGUGCAUCUACAACAUGGCGUUCCUGCUGCUGCCCGUGACGAGAAACUCCGGCUGGAUGGAGUUCUUCAACGUCUCGUACGCCAACGGCGUCAAGUUCCACCGCUGGAUCGGCUUCAUGACGGUCAUCACGGCCGUCGUGCACAUGCUCGGCUACUGGGUCUACUGGGUCCGUCUCGGCACGUGGCAGGUCAACCAGCUCCCGUGCACCAACUGCGACUUCACACUGGACAACUCGGGCGGCGGCUACUACGCGUGGUUCAACGUCUUUGGCUUCAUCUCGACGCUCGCCCUCGUGCUCAUGAUCCCGACGUCGUUCCCCAUCAUCCGUCGCAAGGCCUACGAGUGGUUCUACAUCUCGCACUGGGUGCUCUUCGUCAUCGCUGUGCUGUUCGCCAUCCUGCACUGGGCCCAGAUCAUCUGGUGGAUCCUGCCCUCGGGCUGCGUGUGGUUCGUGAGCCGCGCGGCCUCGAGCUGGAACGCGAUGACCCCCGUCUCGGUCAAGGAGUUCUCCGUCAUUGGCGAGAGUGAGGACGAGCUGGUCAAGAUUGUGGUCAAGCGCGCCGCCCCCGGCACGUCUCCGUCGUCGUCGUCUUACGACUACAAGGUCGGCAACUUCCUGUACCUGAACGUCCCGAAGAUCUCCAAGCUCGAGUGGCACGCGCUGACCAUCGCGUCGUCCCCGAAGACCAGCCCCACGGACGUCACGCUGCUCGUGAAGCCCCUCGGCGACUGGUCCAAGAACCUCGUGCAGUACGCCAAGGACUGCAACCGCGACAACAUGCCGCUCAUGUACAUGGACGGCUUCUACGGCGCCUCGCUGGAGCUGUACGAGGACUACUCGAGCGUGUGCUUGGUCGGCGGAGGCAUUGGUGUGACCCCCGUGCUGGCCAUCUUGGACGACCUCGCCGCCAAGCUUUCGAGCAACGGAGUUUCGUGGACUCAGCGCUUCACCUUCAUCUUCACCUUCCGUGAGCUGAGCGUGUUCCAGACUGUCGCCCCCGUGCUCGCCAAGCUCCGUGAGAUGGACCCGCACGAACAGUUUUUCCGCGCUCACCUGUUUGCGACCGGCUCGUACUCGGAGACCGAGCUCAGCCAGAAGCUGACGACUGCGCCGGCCAAGGAGAUCCUUGACGCGGCAUCGGGCAAGUCCACGAGCCGAGCAGCUCGGCCGUUCUACGAGCCGCUGCGUUCGAGCAACACGAUGCGCUUCAUCAUGUAUCUGGUGCUCUACGUGGUCGCCAUUGCUGUCGUCUUCGCCGUUCGUUGGGGAAACGGUGUCAUCCAGGGAGCCAACCACUUCGAGCUGUGGCCGCUUGAGCGCGCCUUCGAGCUGGCCAUGUUCUGCCUGACGAUCGUCGUGGUGUACGCCUUCGUGUGGUACGAGUACACCAUGUUCCGCCGCAGCCACGCCGCCUCCGAGCCGACGCCGGUCGCGUCCGAGACUCCGCUGUCGAACUUCGCUGCCUUCGGAGGGGACGUCCACUCGGUGGGAGACCUCGUGAGCCACUUCAGCGUCACGGUGGGCGAGCGCCCCAACAUGCAGUCGCUGCUGCAGCAGACGCUCGAGGUGCACAAGAUGGACGACUACUCGGCCAGUCUGCUGCCUGCGGUCGGCGUCAUGGUGUCGGGUCCCGCCGGCCUCAAAAUGGCGACGAACGAGGCCGUCUUCGCUCUGGGCGGCGGCAACUUCGACGUCCACGAGGAGGAGUUCGAGCUGUAA